AUGAGCAAAGCGUGGCGGAGGGCCGAGGCGGGCGGCGGCCUCAGGAUGGAAGGCGCCGGGCGAGGUGAGGACGAUGAAUCCAACAGCCAUGGGUCUCACAAGAAGAAGCAUAAGAAACAUAAGAAAAAGCAUAAGAAGAAGCAUCACCGCGAGGAUGUUGGUGUGACGGCAGCAGAGAUGGGCCCUACCCUCCCUAAGCCUCAGCUGAAGCUCAAAAUCAAAUUGGGAGGCCAAAUCCUGGGGACAAAGAGUGUGCCAACCUUCACUGUUGUCCCCGAGCGGCCGCGUUCCCCCUCCCCACUGAUGGUUGUGGAUGACGAGGAUGAGCCAAUGGAGGGCGUCCCCAUCGAGCAGUACAGGGCCUGGCUGGAUGAGGACAGCAACUUGGAGCCCUCGCCCCUGCCUGAGCUCGAUGCGGUGAUCGGCUUCCCAGCCCGGGAGGAAGAGGAGGAGCAGCGCUGGCUGGAUGCCCUGGAGCGAGGGGAGUUGGAUGACAACGGGGAGCUCAAGAAAGAGGUGGACGAAUCCUUGCUCACAGCCAGGCAGAAAGCUCUGUUGCACAAGCAACAGAGCCAGCCCCUGCUGGAGCUGCCGAUGGGCUACAAGGCCAAGGAGCUGACGGAGGAGAUGCUGGUCAAGCGGGAGGAGCGGGCCCGCAAGCGGCGCCUGCAGGCUGCCAAGAAGGCCGAGGAGAGCAAGAACCAGACAAUCGAGCGGCUCACCAAGACCAGCAAGGCCAAGGUCAAGACCCUGCGGGAGCGCAAGGCCAAGGGCGGGGCCGUCCCCACAGUCUGCUACCGCAGUGCUGUCACCGGCGUCACUGUGUCUUUCCCUCCGGGGGCUGUCCUCCCUCUCCUGCCCUCUGUCGUGACCCCUCCGCCUCUGCCCACCCCCUGCGGGGUCAGCGGGUGCCCCAACCUCAAGCGGUACUCCUGCUCACGCACUGGGGUGCCCCUCUGCAGCCUGGACUGUUACAAGAAGAACUUGUUGUUCCAGCAGGUGGCAGCCUAGCAUCCCCCCUUUUUCCGGAACUCCC